UGUCCGCUGAAGUCGUGCCACAGGAUGAUCCAGUGCAUUCUCGUGAUGUGGCAGAAAUGCCUUCAAUUGAAGGUCGCAUCGGCGACACCAAUGCAGCCCCAGGACAAUUUCCAUUCGUGGUGGAACUAGUGUUCACCAGCAUUCUGGGUAUCACAUCCUGGUCUUGCAUGGGCUCUAUCAUUUCCCCAAAAACCGUUGUGACAAAUGGGCUUUGUACUUUGGGUGCGACACAGGUGAAAAUGUACUAUGGCUCCACUCAACGUGGCGUCGGCGAAUUGGUUCAGACUGUAAAUUCCAAUAAUUUCAAGCGACCCUUGUUGCCUCUCCCCUUGGGAAUGAGUAUGGCUGCGAUUAUGACACCCGCUGUGCAGUUUUCUUCAUAUUCUUAUAUCGAUGAGAUUAAGUUUCCCGAGGGGGAGGACGAGCCUCCAUAUGAAGGUGAGGUGGCUAUUGCAGUGAAAAUGAUUGGGAAUAUUCUGAAGUACUCGUCCAAUACCAUUGUAUCAGCUAAUGCUUGCUUAACUGGCUAUAACAUUCUAUCCCCGGUGUGUACUACUCCCUCUGGCAGUUGCAUUAGUACUCCCGGCAGUCCACUGACCUUAAAUAAUCAACUGAUUGGUGUGGGCGCUUCCCUUAAUUUUCAAAAUUGUGUUGGUCUUCAAGACAUCUUUGUCACAUCCGUAAGAUUCAGAGGGUGGAUCGUAAAUGUUUCUUCUUAAUAUACCCCGGCUUUUUCGGCAUUUUAAACAAAAAAAAUUGAAAAAAAGUCAAAUUUCGAUAAUAAUUUAAAUUUAUUUGAAGAUUUAAAUAGGACUUAGUUUUUUAUGCGAAGUCUUAAAAAAUUGUAUAAUAUUCAAAACCAAUAAAAUGUAUGUUAUAACUUUUUUAUCCGAA